AUGAACACUACACGAGCUUCCGAACACAAACGUUGGAUCGAACUCUCGAAGCGUAUUGACAGAUCUGGUAAAGAAAUGGCUCCCUGUGCUCGAUGCGAACGUUCCGGUCGAAAAUGUGUAGCCCUAGCUACAACCUCGGAGCCUAACAAAUGCUCAGAGUGUACUAGACAAAAGAAAUCCUGCGAUGUUAAAUCGCGAAACCGAAUGCCCUCACUUUCCGACUGGUCCUCGAUUGACCAGCAACGACGGAAGUUGCAGGAUGAAGAAGAAUUGGCCUGGCAGUCCCAACAGGAGGCCAUUGCCAAGGUUCUUCGAUUGCGGAGGCUACAGCGCCAGCUCGACGAGCGGGAACAGCAGCUGAUUCGUUCCGGCCUUAACUCUAUGGCCGAACUAGAAGAGAAGGAGGAGAAGGAG